CGGUUCUUCUGGCAGCUGCCGCCGCUGCCGCCUCUGCCACCUGCCACGGCCCAGCCUCAGCCCGGGAUUUGGUCACCUCUUCCUCGUUCUCCACUGCGCCCAUGAUCCCUCCUGCAGCCUGGGCGGCGGGCCCUGCGGCUCCCGCGUGGUGAGAGGGCGGUCUGGGGACAAUGGAGGCCCCACGCUGCAGCUGCUGCCCCAGCCGCCUCCUGGCCUCCGCCCUCCUGCUGCUGCUGCUGCUGCCAGGGUUCAGAGGGCCUUUGGCGGUGCUGCUGCAGGCGGCCGAGGCUGCGCCGGACCCCGGGCCUCCGGACCAUGGGUCGCGAACCCUGCCGCCUCUGCCGCCCGGCCCCACCGCCGCCCAGUCCCCAGGCCGCGCUCCGGCCGAAGCCGCGGGGCCGCGGGGCGCUGAGAGCAGCAAUGGCAGCAGCCCCGGGGCGGGGCUUGCGGCCAGCGACCUAGGAGGGAAGGCGGGGGAAGAAGGCUCAGUGGGUGGCGGUCUCGCUGUGAGCCCCAACCCCAGCGAUAAGCCCAUGACCCAGCGGGCGCUGACCGUGUUGAUGGUGGUGAGCGGCGCGGUGCUGGUGUACUUCGUCGUCAGGACGGUCAGGAUGAGAAGAAGAAACCGAAAGACUAGGAGAUACGGAGUUUUGGACACUAACAUAGAAAACAUGGAAUUGACACCUUUAGAACAAGAUGAUGAGGAUGAUGAUAACACAUUGUUUGAUGCCAAUCAUCCUCGAAGAUAAGAAUGUGCCUUUUGAUGAGAGGACUUCAUCUUUCUACAAUGAAGAGAGAAUUUCUAUGUUUAAGGAAUAAGAAGCCACUUUAUCAAUGGGGGGGGUAUUUAAGUUACAUAUAUUAUGACAACCUUUAAUUUGUUGUUGAAGUAAAUACUGUAUCAUUUUGUUAUGUCUUUGUAUGUAUAGAAGUGCUCUUAAUGGGCUCAGAGUUCUUGGAAGUAAACUAUACUAUAAUAGAAACCUGUUUGAAAGUUACUUUAAAGCAAGAUCUUUUCUGAUCAGUUUUUGCUUAUUGCUUACCAUGUUAUUGUAAACUGUUUUACCCAUUAAUCAGUUAAUGUUAUUUUUGGGGGAAUUUUUUGCUGGUUAAUUAUUUUUUGCUGGAAAUGUAAGUCCCAACAACCAACUGGUAUGUAAAAAUAAUUUAAAAAUUUCUUUACAAAGGAUAUGUUUCCCAUUUUUGUGGGGAAAAGAAGCCAAAUUUACUACUUUGUGUUUAGGUUUUUUAAAUAUUAAUAAAUGUCUGAGUUGUGUGCAAAACAAUAAA